GUCAGUCUGUCAGUGAGAGUUUUCCACCGCGGUCACUUUAAGGAAGUUUGGAUCAGCAUUCUCUUCGUACCUGCGCUGUUUGUUUGUUUGUUUGUUUGUUGACGUCACAGCAGAAACAAACGUCAGGGAUGACGUCACUGUCCGACCUGGAGCACCUGGCAGAAAUAGAGCUGCAGGAGGAGGACGAGGAGGAGGACGAGGGUGAGACGUGUGUCGCAGACGCUCCGUCGUCGUCGUCGCCGCCGCCUCUGCAGUCUCUCGCGUCACACCCGUACUGUGACGUGGCUCGACACGGAAUCAUCCAGGUCUCCGGCGACGAUAACUACGGCAGGAAGUUGAUCACCUUCAGCAGCUGCUGUUUGCCUCCGUCGCACCAGCUCAACCACCGACGUCUGCUCGAGUACCUGAAGUACACGCUGGACCAGUACGUGGAGAUGGACUACAUCCUGGUUUACUUCCACCACGGCCUGAGGAGCAGCAACAAGCCGUCGCUCAAGUGGUUACGAGAGGCAUACGGCGAGUUUGACAGGAAGUACAAGAAAAACCUGAAGACUCUUUACGUCGUACAUCCGACGAACUUCAUCCGAAUCGUCUGGAACAUUUUCAAACCGUUGAUCAGCCAAAAGUUUGGAAAGAAGCUGAUGUAUGUGAACUUCCUGGACGAACUGCGAGAACAUGUGAACUACGAGCAGCUCAUCAUUCCCGCCGACGUGGUCAGACACGAUGAAAAGUUGCGAGAGGCUCAGAAGAGCGGAGCUCCGGCCCCAGCGAAGACCCCACCUCCCCGACCGCCGCUGCCCACGCAGCAGUUUGGCGUCAGUCUGCAGUACAUCAGAGAGAAGAACAGGGAGGCGAUAAUCCCACCCGUGAUGCGACAAACCGUCACGUACCUGAAGGAGAAAGGUCUGAGGACCGAGGGCCUCUUCAGGCGUUCGGCUCGAGUUCAGCUCAUCAAGGACGUCCAGAAACUCUAUAACCUUGGUAAACCUGUAAAUUUUGAUCAGUACAGAGACGUCCACGUCGCCGCGGUGAUCCUGAAGACCUUUCUCAGGGAACUGUCUGAACCUCUGCUCACCUUCAGAGUCUACAACCAGGUCCUGGACAUCCUCAACGUGGAGAGCAUCCUCCGCGUGACCAGGUGUAAACAGAUCGUCGAGUCUCUUCCUGAGCAUCAUUUCAUCGUGGUCAAAUAUCUGCUGUGUUUCCUGCACAUGGUGUCUCAGGAGAGCAUUGCGAACAAAAUGAGUCCGUCCAACCUGGCGUGUGUCUUUGGUGUGAACCUGGUGUGGCCUCGCUACGGCUCGAUCUCGCUCACCGCUCUCACGCCAAUCAACAUCUUCGCCGAACUCCUCAUCGAACAUUUCCACACCGUGUUCGGUUCACGCUGUCCACCUGGUCAGGUGAUGCCCUGAAUCUGGACGUCACCACCUCGCCGCGGCUCCACCCAAGUCUUGUUUGUUGAAAUAAUCCUUUACUUUUUUCUGUUUUGUUUGUCAUCGUUUUUGUGUGUUUUUUGUCUUUAAACAGAGAAUUUGUUAAAAUCGUAACUUUGGUCGCAUUUUUUUUUUGGCGGAUGUUUGUGUCGUCCAAACACUGGAAAACAACUCUGAGAAAAGCAUAGACAGAGAAAGUUGAAUUUACUAACGUUAACAACAGAAUAUGUGGAUCACACUCUACGCAGAUGACACACAACCGUUUAUGCAUCAGUUCAAAAUAUAUAUAAAUGUAAUAAAUAUUUAAAGUGUUUUUAAUCAUAUCAUUUUUGAGGACGUUUUCCGUCUUCAGUCAGCUGUUCAUACAUUAACAGCCACUUUAUUAGGUACAACAGUCUUCCAUUUUGUUUUAACAACACUCAGGGUCAAAACAAACUAAAAACUGUUAUUUUAUUGGUUGAUUUUGUGAGUGUAACGCUUAAACUACUACAGACAUUUGGAUUUUCUUGUUGUCCGUGACGUUUGCGUUCUUAAAUUCUGACUUUUUUUUUAUAUAAUAAACUGCUUCAUGAAAU